UCUCCCUUUAUUAAUAAUUUGGUCUCUUUUGCUCCCUGUGUUAUCUCUAUUUUUAAAACUUGUGUCUCUCUUGUAGUUUUCCUUCUUUUUUCCAAUGGGGUUCUUAGUUGGUGAGCUAGACCCCAGCUGCCUGUAUUGACCUGCCUCAGAUCAUGGAAAGCCCGUUGUUUUCUGGAAUACUCUUGGACAUCUUUACAUGUUUUCAGGUCUCUUUUCAGAAUUUACACCAGAAUUGACAUCAUCCCAAGGUUUGGCAAACCAGUCCUCCACCAUUGGAGAAGAAAUUUUGUAAGAGACUUGAGAGCAAAGCAAUCAGCUUUUCUGCAGAAAAUGAAGUGUUUUUCUUUCAACAGCAGAGAGAAGAAUGAUGAAACAAAGACUACCAAGUCUCCUUCUGGUCAUUCCACUUCCUCUUUCUUUUCACUUGAUCGCGAUCCUAGAAAAUCAGAGUUCACUUCCCAGGAUGUCUCGGAAUUCAGCACAACAUCCUCUGUGAGGUCAUUUGCAGUAAUGUCUCAACGACACAGCAACCUAAGAGAAUUCACAUGCGCGGAGCUGAAAGAAGCAACUAAGAAUUUUAGUCUCUCCCUCAUGCUUGGAGAAGGCGGGUUCGGCGGUGUUUAUAGGGGUGUCAUCAAAAGUGCACAAGAUCCACAUAAGAAAAUAGACAUCGCUGUUAAACAACUGAGUAAAAGGGGAUUGCAGGGCCACAAAGAGUGGAUGACUGAAGUUAAUGUUUUAGGGAUUGUUGAGCAUCCAAAUCUUGUCAAAUUAAUAGGAUACUGCGCUGAGGAUGAUGAAAGAGGGAUCCAGAGGCUCCUGGUAUAUGAAUACAUGCCCAACAGGAGUGUACAAGAUCACUUAGCAAGCCGAUUUAAGAUUGCACUCCCUUGGGUCACAAGGGUUAAAAUAGCACAGGAUGCUGCUCGCGGAUUGGCAUACCUGCAUGAAGAAAUGGAAUUUCAGAUAAUCUUCAGGGAUUUCAAGUCUUCGAACAUACUUUUGGAUGAACUUUGGAAUGCAAAGUUAUCAGACUUUGGAUUAGCCAGGCUGGGGCCUUCAGAUGGAGUGAGUCAUGUCUCUACUGCGGUUGUUGGAACAGUUGGAUAUGCAGCUCCUGAAUAUAUUCAAACAGGUCAUCUCACAUCGAAAAGUGAUGUGUGGAGCUAUGGCAUUUUCCUUUAUGAACUCAUCACAGGAAGGCGGCCUAUGGACCGAAACCGCCCCAAGAAUGAACAAAAGCUCUUGGAAUGGGUGAGAGCACAUCUGUCUGCAGAUUUAAAGAAGUUUCAGCUUAUUAUGGAUCCAAGGCUCGAAGGGAAGUAUUCCCUCAAAGCUGCACAAAAGCUAGCAGCUGUGGCCAACCGGUGCUUGGUGAGGCAGCCGAGAUUACGUCCUAAAAUGAGUGAAGUAUCGGAGAUGGUGAAAAGAAUUGUGGAGACCACAACAGAUAUGGGAAGUCCUCAACAACUCCCUUCAGAAAGUGUGGAGUACUCCAAUGAUGAAUUUUUGACAGAAUCCAAAAGGGAGAUUUUGAGAAGGAAAUUUGUGGAUCCGCUUAUUGGAGAAAAUGGUUGCUUGAAUUUUCAUAUAUGGAGACCCAAGAUUGUGAAGACAUGUUAACAGAAGCACAAAGGGAUCACUGGUAUCACUGUUUUGGUUUCAUCAAGGAUUCAAGGGAGAAGCUAGCUCAGAUAGCAUGCAAUGGUUCCCUUUUUAUACAUUGUAAAUGGAAGUGUGCAAGUUGUACGUAUACAUGUUGGCCUCUUGAAGAGGCUCCAAUGGGAGUUUUAGAUUAAUGGUAAUAUAUUGGAUCAAACUUAUACGUUGCUUUCUUUUUCUUCUUUUUGGAUAACUCAUAGGUUGCUCUAUCAUAUCGCAAAUAUUGUAGGACCAACCAAAUAGAGUAUCCCAUGAAGUAUCAACUUGUU